AUGGAGAAAAUGUCUCUGUCCCUGAUGUCAGAGUCUGAGGAUCUUUUGCCCUGGCCCCGUGUGUCAGACCUGGCCAAAGACUUCAUCUCUGGGCUUCUGCGUGUGGAUCCGUGCGCUCGCCUCUCCGCGGAUCAAGCUCUGCAGCACCCGUGGGUCUCUGCUGAAGCCCCAGCCUCCUCUGCUGCCAACCUGCACCGGCCCAUCUCCCAGAACCUGCGGCUGAGGGCGUCCCGGGGCAGCUGCGGCAGCCAGAGCAGCAGUGGGAGGAGGGAGCAGAGGCGUCUGCACAGUCAAAGCUAA